GUAUUGCCUAUCGGUUGCUCUCUCCCUCUUUUCUCUUCUUUUUUUUUUUUUUUUCUGUUUGUCCUCCCCAUCUUCCUCCUCGUUAGAGUAGGUUUCUUUCAUCUGACGUACUGUAGACGUCUACUCCGCGGCGCACGUUAAUCUCUCGAACUUACAAACUCUUGGAGGGAUAGAGAGAGUCCGUUGGCCGUAUCAUUAUCAUUGUUCUUAUUAGUCCUUUUCUUUUUAAAAUUUUCGAUCGUUUGUCUGCUUCAAGAUCUGCGAAAAGGAGGAUCUUUGAGUUGCUUCUGUUAGAAAAGAACGGCAAGUUAGGUUUUUUGAUGCUUUGGCGGGAAUCGGGAUCCGCCAAGCGGAUUAGAGUUUUGGGGUGCACCCUGCGAUGGCUAACCCUGGCGUUGGGACCAAGUUUGUGUCCGUGAAUCUCAACAAAUCGUAUGGACAGGCUCAUCACCAUCAUCAUUCAUCUCAUUCCAAUUCUUAUGGAUCAAAUCGAACGCGACCUGGUGGUCAUGGAGCCGGCGGAGGAAUGGUGGUCCUAUCGAGGCCCCGCAGUUCCCAGAAACCUGGGCCGAAACUUUCUGUUCCACCCCCCUUGAAUCUGCCUUCUUUGCGAAAGGAGCAUGAGAGACUUGAUUCUUUGGGUUCAGGCGCUGGGCCAACUGGUGGAGGGGUUUUGGGAAACGGACAGAGGCCAACUUCAGCUGGUAUGGGUUGGACAAAGCCGCGCACCAACGACUUGCCAGAGAAAGAAGGGCUUAGUGCUAAUAUAGUUGAUAAAAUUGAUCCGUCUUUGCGAAGUGUUGAUGGAGUGAGCGGUGGUAGUAGUGUGUAUAUGCCUCCUUCUGCGCGUGCUGGUAUGACAGGCCCGGUUGUGUCUACUUCUGCUUCCUCUCAGGUGCUUACUGCAGUUGAAAAAGCCCCCGUUUUGAGAGGUGAGGAUUUCCCUUCUUUGCAAGCAACUUUACCUUCUGCAGCCGCGCCUUCUCAGAAACAGAGAGAUGGGUUGAGUUCUAAAUUGAAGCAUGCGCCUGAAGGUUUAUAUGAAGAACAGAGGGAUACUUCUCAUUUAAGUUCAAGAAUAGAUGCCCACUCAAAAUUUCAGUCAUCACAGGAAAGUAUCCCCAGUGAGAAUGCAAAAAAUGGAAACUCUUUUGGUUCUGGGAGUCUCCAAUCACCAGAGUUAUCUUGGAAGCAGGAUGAUAUUUUUCCAGGCCCUUUACCACUCGUCUCAAUGAAUCCUAGAUCAGACUGGGCUGAUGAUGAACGUGAUACAAGCCAUGGUUUGAUUGACAGGGUUAGGGAUCGAGGGCACCCAAAGAGUGAGGCUUAUUGGGAGAGGGACUUCGACAUGCCUCGGGUUAGUUCUCUUCCCCACAAGCACACUCAUAAUUUUUCUCAGAGAUGGAAUCUGCGGGAUGAUGAAUCUGGGAAGUUCCAUUCCAGUGACAUUCAUAAAUUGGACCCUUAUGGUCGGGAUGCCAGGACAGCUAGUAGAGAAGGCUGGGAAGGAAACUUUCGGAGAAACAAUCCUAUACCAAAAGAUGGAUUUGGUUCAGACAGUGGUAACGAUAGAAAUGAUAUUGCAGGAAGGCCCACUAGCAUUGAUCGAGAAACAAAUGCUGAUAACAUGCAUGUUUCACAUUUUCGAGAACAUGUGAAUAAAGAUGGGAGGAGAGAUACUGGAUUUGGACAGAAUGGGCGGCAAACUUGGAAUAGUGCAACAGAAUCCUAUAGCUCCCAGGAACCAGAUCGGACUGUAAGAGACAAGUAUGUUAGUGAGCAACACAACAGGUACAGGGGUGAAACACAUAAUACUUCAGUUGCAAACUCAUCAUACUCUACAAGUUUAAAACGAAUUCCUGCCGAUGAGCCGUUGCUGAACUUUGGCAGGGAUAGACGUUCGUUUGCAAAGAUUGAGAAACCUUACAUGGAAGAUCCUUUUAUGAAAGAUUUUGGAGCCUCUAGUUUUGAUGGACGAGAUCCUUUUACUGCUGGUCUUGUUGGGGUGGUUAAGAGGAAGAAGGAUGUGAUCAAGCAGACUGAUUUUCAUGACCCUGUUAGGGAAUCUUUUGAGGCUGAACUUGAGAGAGUUCAACAGAUCCAAGAGCAGGAACGUCAGCGAAUCAUCGAGGAGCAAGAAAGGGCUCUAGAACUAGCUAGGAGAGAAGAGGAAGAGAGACAGAGGCUUGCAAGGGAACAUGAAGAAAGGCAGAGGAGAGCUGAAGAAGAAGCCAGAGAAGCAGCAUGGAGAGCUGAGCAAGAACGACUGGAGGCUAUCCAAAAAGCUGAAGAACUACGGAUGGCUAGAGAGGAAGAAAAACAGAGGAUUCUUCUGGAGGAAGAGAGGAGAAAACAGGCUGCUAAACUAAAACUUCUAGAAUUAGAGGAAAGGAUGGCCAAGAGGCAGGCUGAAGUUGUGAAAUCAAGCACUUUGACUUCAGAUAUUCCUGAAAAGAAGAUUCCCAGUGUUGUAAAAGAUGUUUCCAGGUUGGCGGACACAGUUGAUUGGGAAGAUGGUGAAAAGAUGGUGGAGCGAAUCACUACAUCAGCUUCUUCAGAGUCAUCUAGCAUAAAUAGGUCCUCUGAGGUGGGCUUUAGAUCUCAAUUUUCUACAGAUGGUUCUCCUUCCUUUGUGGACAGAGGCAAGUCUAUUAAUUCAUGGAGAAGAGAUUUUUAUGAGAGAGGAAGUGGCUCUCAAUUUGUUCUACAGGAUCAGAGUACUGGCUACAACAAUGGUCCAAGGCGGGAGGCAUCAACUGGUGGGCGGGUAUCUUCUAGGAAAGAGUUUUAUGGGGGAGCUGGAUUUACGACUUCCAGGACAUCUCAUAGAAGAGGUAUUACAGAACCACAAUCUGAUGAAUAUUCUCAGCUAAGAGGACAGAGACCUAAUCUCUCGGGAGGUGGCGAUCAUUAUAACAGGAGCCAAGAGUUUGACUCCGAAUUUCAGGAUAAUGUCGAGAAUUAUGGUGAUCAUGGAUGGAGGCAGGAGAGUGGUCGCAACAACUUCUAUUUUCCUUACCCUGAACGAGUAAAUCCAAUCUCUGAGGCUGAUGGGUCCUAUUCUGUUGGAAGGUCACGCUAUUCCCAGAGGCAACCUCGUGUUCUUCCUCCUCCAUCUGUAGCGUCUGUACAGAAAUCUUCUGUCAGGGGUGAAUAUGAAUCUGUUCCCCGGGAUAUUGUAGAAAGUGAGAUACAAUAUGACCAUCCGGCACAUAAUAUUUCUACUUCUCAGACAAGGUAUAUUCAUCAUGACAACCGUGCACUUCCUGAGAUAAUUGAUGUUAAUUUAGAGAAUGGUGAGAACGAGGAGCAGAAACCAGAUGGCAACACAACACUGCGGUGUGACUCACAGUCAACCCUUUCUGUUUUUAGCCCCCCUACCUCUCCAACUCAUCUAUCUCAUGAAGACUUGGAUGAUUCUGGAGAUUCUCCUGUUUUAUCAGCUAGUAGAGAAGGCACAUUGUCAAUAGAGGAUAAUGAAUCUGCUGUACCAGCCAAGUCUGGGAAAGAGAUCAUGAUUACCUCUACUAGGGUAUCUACAGGUGAUGAAGAUGAAUGGGGUGUUGUAGAUGAGCAUGUGCAAGAACAGGAAGAAUAUGAUGAAGAUGAUGAUGGGUAUCAGGAAGAAGACGAAGUUCAUGAAGGAGAGGAUGAGAACAUUGACCUUGUAGAAGAUUUUGAUGAUUUGCAUUUAGAUGAUAAAGGGUCACCCCAUAUGUUAGAUAACUUGGUAUUAGGUUUUAAUGAAGGCGUUGAAGUGGGGAUGCCGAAUGACGAGUUUGAAAGAAUUCCAGGAAACGAUGAAAAUAUGUAUGUUGCACCAGAAAUUUCAAAUGGGAUCAAGGAAGAGCAGGGGUCUUCUGAAGGAUUGCCAGUUGAUGGUAAAGUCUGCCAAUAUGCGGAUGCUUCUUCUCAAAUAAGGAUUGACCCUGAGGAGAUGCAGGACUUAGUUAUGCAGCCUAUAACUGCACAAGCAUUGCCAGAAUCUGAGAUUACCGAGCAAGGAAAUUCUUCUUGCAGAUCUAGUGCGUCUGUUCAACAGCCGAUGGCCUCACAAUCUAUAUCUGGUCAAGUUAUUGUGCCAAAUACUGCCGUUUCAGGUCAAGCCGAGCCUCCUGUUAAGCUUCAGUUUGGGUUGUUUUCAGGUCCUUCUCUCAUACCAUCUCCUGUACCAGCUAUACAGAUAGGUUCUAUACAGAUGCCUCUUCAUUUGCAUCCUCAGAUUACCCAAUCUAUGACUCACAUGCAUUCAUCACAGACCCCUCUAUUCCAGUUUGGGCAGCUAAGGUAUACAUCUUCAGUCUCCCAAGGUGUACUGCCUUUGGCUCCUCAACCGCUGACAUUUGUUCCACCUACUGUACAAACUGGUUUUCCUUUAAAUAAAAACCCAGGAGAUGCUCUGUCCAUUCAUCCUUCUCAGGAAACCUGUGUUCACAAUUCACGGAAAAAUGAUGUAUUGCCUUUUCUGAUGGAUAACCAACAAGGCCUUGUGUCAAGAUCUUUGAAUGUGAACCCAUCAAUGGAGUCAAAGUCAUUACCAUUAACAGAAAGUACAGAAAGCAAGCUUAUGACUCCGCAGGAUCAAACUGCAGGUUCUUGCAUUGAUGAGAGCAAUUCCAGAUCAGAACCAGGUUUUCAAGCAGAACAUCAGAGGCACCGUGUUUCAACUUCAGAUAAUCAAUAUGUGGUAUCAAGGGGAAAAGAAUCUGAAGGUCAAGGUCAGGAUGGGAUGGGAUCAUUUGAUUCUGUUUCAAGAGAUAAGGGUUUGAGUGGGUUAAAAGCUCGUGGCCAGUUUCAUGGUGGAAGAGGGAAAAAGUAUAUCUUUACAGUAAAAAAUUCUGGAUCUAGAUUGCCAUUCCCAGGUUCUGAAUCUACUCGCUUAGAUACCGGUGGAUUUCAGAGGCGGACGAGGCGCAAUAUUCCACGUACUGAGUUUCGUGUUCGAGAAACUGUGGAUAAAAAAUUGUCUAACAGUCAAGUUUCUUCAAACCAUGUAGGGGUAGAUGAUAAGCCAACUGUUAGUGGAAGAACUGUCGUCCAUUCUGCCAGAAACGGGACUAGGAAGGUUGUCAUAUCUAAUAAGCCAUCGAAAAGAGCAUUAGAAUCUGAAGGAUUAAGCUCUGGGGCAAGUACUUCCCUAGAGCUUGAUGCUGGUAAUAGAUCUGCAAAGGGAGUGAAAAAAGAGUAUUUGGGCAAGAGCCAGGGAAGCCAAUAUCCUGGAGAAGGUAACUUCAGAAAGAAUAUUUGUUCUGGGGAGGACGUUGAUGCCCCUUUGCAGAGUGGAAUCAUACGUGUAUUUGAGCAACCUGGCAUAGAGGCUCCCAGCGAUGAGGAUGAUUUCAUUGAGGUGCGAUCUAAAAGGCAGAUGCUGAAUGAUAGGCGUGAACAAAGAGAGAAAGAGAUCAAGGCAAAGUCCCACAAUUCAAAGAUCCCACGGAAAAGUCGAUCUACUUCGAAAAAUGCAUUAUCUUCAGUCAAUUCAAGCAAAGUUUAUGCUGCUAAGGAAGCAGAACCGGUAAAGAGAACACGAUCUGAUUUUGUUGCUGCUGAUGGAGGAGGACGUGGAUCAGGAAAUAUUGUGGUGUCAACUGCGUUUAGCUCUCCAGUAGUCUCUCAACCAUUGGCCCCAAUUGGGACUCCUGCUCUGAAAUCUGAUUCCCAGUCCGAGAGAUCACAUGCUGCUAGGUCUAUCCAGACGAGUGGCCCUGCAUUGGCAACUAGUGAAGGAAGAAAUCUUGACUCAAGCAUGAUGUUUGAUAAGAAGGAUGAUAUUUUGGAGAAUGUUCAUUCAUCUUUUACUUCCUGGGGUACUUCACGUAUAAAUCAACAGGUUAUGGCCCUGACACAAACCCAACUUGAUGAAGCUAUGAAGCCUGCUCAGUUUGAUUUACAUCCUCCGGUAGGAGAUCAUUCUAGCUUAGCUGGCGAUCCUAAUGUGCCAUCGCCAUCUAUCUUAGCAUUGGAUAGGUCAUUUUCUUCUGCUGCUAAUCCAAUCAGUUCUCUGCUUGCUGGCGAGAAAAUUCAGUUUGGUGCAGUCACAUCUCCAACAGUUCUUUCUCCUGGUAGCUGUUCCACUUUGCUUGGGAUUGGUGCCCCCUCUAGUCUCUGUCACUCAGACAUCCCAAUUCCUCACAAACUUUCUGGUGCUGAGAAUGAUUGUCAUCUUUUCUUCGAGAAAGAGAAGCAUCACUCUGAAUCUUGUACUCAUAUUGAAGAUAGUGAAGCUGAAGCCGAGGCAGCUGCUUCUGCUGUUGCUGUUGCAGCUAUCAGUAGUGAUGAGAUAGUCGCUAAUGGGAUUGGCACGUGCUCUGUUUCAGUUACUGAUACCAAUAAUUUUGGUGGUGGGGAUAUUAACGUUAUAACAGCAGGUUCAGUGGGUGAUCAGCAAUUAGCCAGCAAAACAAGAGCGGAUGACUCUCUUACUGUAGCCCUCCCUGCAGAUUUGUCUGUUGAGACUCCCCCAAUUUCCCUGUGGCCAACUUUGCCAAGUCCACAGAAUUCUUCAAGCCAGGUGCUUUCACAUUUCCCUGGUGGUUCGCCUUCCCAAUUUCCCUUUUAUGAGAUAAAUCCUAUGUUGGGAGGUCCUGUCUUUACUUUUGGACCACAUGAUGAGUCGGUACCCACCACCCAAGCUCAAACACAAAAAAGCAGUGCACCAGCACCCGGUCCUCUUGGAUCCUGGAAACAGUGUCAUUCUGGUGUCGAUUCAUUCUAUGGGCCUCCUACUGGUUUUACUGGUCCGUUCAUAAGUCCUGGAGGCAUCCCAGGGGUUCAAGGUCCUCCGCACAUGGUUGUAUACAAUCACUUUGCUCCUGUUGGACAGUUCGGGCAAGUUGGCUUGAGUUUCAUGGGCACUACGUAUAUUCCUUCUGGAAAACAGCAUGACUGGAAGCAUAGCCCGGGACCUUCUUCUUUGGGCGUUGAAGGGGAUCAGAAAAAUUUAAAUAUGGUUUCGGCUCAACGCAUGCCCACGAACUUACCUCCAAUCCAGCAUCUUGCCCCUGGUUCGCCCCUGCUGCCGAUGGCUUCUCCAUUAGCUAUGUUUGAUGUUUCUCCAUUCCAGGCCUCUCCUGAAAUGUCAGUCCAAGCUCGGUGGCCUUCUUCAGCAUCCUCUGGUCAGCCUGUGCCUCUGUCCAUGCCUAUGCAGCAGCAGGCGGAAGGCAUUCUUCCUUCUCAUUUCAGUCAUGCAUCAUCUUCUGAUCCGACAUUUACAGUCAACAGGUUUCCUGGAUCACAACCCUCCGUAGCCUCUGACCACAAGCGCAAUUUUCCUGUGGCAGCCGAUGCAACUGUCACCCAACUUCCGGAUGAACUUGGAAUAGUUGAUGCUUCAAGUUGCGUCAGUUCUGGGGCUUCAGUGCCAAAUGCUGACAUUAACGGCUUAUCAGUGAACUUGGUUACUGAUGCUGGCAAGACUGGUGUUCAGAAUUGCAGUAGCAGCAACAGUGGCCAGAAUGCAGGCACCAAUUUAAAAUCUCAGUCGUCUCAUCAUAAGGGCAUAUCCGCCCAGCAAUACGGUCAUUCUUCUGGGUACAAUUAUCAGAGAGGUGGUGCUUCUCAAAAGAAUGGUUCAGGUGGUAGCGAAUGGCCCCACCGGAGAACAGGGUUCAUGGGAAGAAACCAGUCUGGAGCUGAAAAGAACUUUUCCUCUGCAAAAAUGAAGCAAAUUUAUGUGGCCAAGCAACCAUCGAAUGGAAAUCUCAGAGUGUAGAAAAGGGAGCUGCCUAGAUUUCGGAUUUGCAUUGAACGGAUUGUUUUCGGUCCAGAAAUCAAAGUUUUGGUUGGUUUAUUUUUAUUUUUAUUUUUUUUUGUGCUUAUGUUGCAAUUAGUAAAGCGUGUUGGAAUUCGUCAGUCUGUAGAAACCCGUCCAUUAUUGAUGAAUGGCCAAUGAACAUAGGUGAUGACUGCAACUGCAGUUUGAAUGGGGGAUGCCAUUCCAGACUUGAGGGAUAAUUUGAUUUCAUUCUUCCAAGCGACGUGCCAGGAAGUAGGACACGGGGCAUCGUCAAUUAUGAUAUGAAGUUCUAGUCGGCUUCAAAAAUUUUUAUUAUUUAUUGGAACAUAUUCAUAUUUCUGACUUUUUAAGGUUAUACUUGCAAUGCUAUCAAUGAUCAAAUUAAGCUCACCUAUCUUA